CACUGGCCAAAUUAAGUUCGAGCAAGAUACGGCGCCACUUUUUCUGUCUGCUAUUCGCAAAAUGGCGGACGGAGGCGUGGAUAUAGAUUUAUACGCGGACGAUAUUGAGUCGGAUUUCAAUAGACAGGAUGAAUUUGGCGGUGACAACGUAGAUUUGUACGACGAUGUGCUUGCUGCUCCGCCGCAGAAGCCCGAGGACAUUGACGGACCUCGGAACCCAUCAUCUCAGCAGCAUUCGCAUCCACCGGAAGAAACAAAUGGCAACGCUCCCUAUCACAACAGCGCACCAAACCACCAUCAUGGCCGCCGAUUCCAACUCUAUGUUGGAAACCUCACUUGGUGGGCGACAGACCAAGACAUAGCAAACGCCAUAGCAGAUGUUGGCGUCAACGAUUUCCAAGACGUCAAAUUCUUCGAGAACAGGGCUAACGGACAGUCGAAGGGUUUCUGCGUUAUUUCGCUCGGUUCAGACCAGUCUAUAAGAAUGAUUAUGGACCGUCUGCCAAAGAAAGAAAUACACGGACAACACCCAGUCGUUACUCUACCAACAAAACAGGCAUUGAAUCAAUUUGAGAGUCAGUCGAAGACUAGAUCGACGCCCCCGGGACCAAACAAUGGUCCAGGAAUGAGAGGUCCACAUCCGAGCGGACCACCUGGCCCCCAUCCAGGAGGUAAUUUCCAAGGAGGGCCUCAGAUGCAGCGCGCUGGAGGGCCUCGCGCAGGUCCGGAGUGGCCCCGCGCGCCGCACCACAUGCAGCCCGCGCCCGCGCCGCAGUACGGCCCGCCGCAGCACCAGAUGCCGCAUCAGAUGCCGCCGCCGCACGGGCAGCCCCCGGGGCAGGGCCUGCCGCCGCCGCACCACCAGCUGCCGCCGCACCAGGCGGGCCCGCCGCGCGGCCCCACGCCACUGCCACAGCAUCCAGAAUAUCUGUUGUCAGACGGGUUCCCGGUGGGUGUGGGUCCGGGCGCGCCGGCACCGCACGUCAACCCAGCCUUCUUCAGCCAGCAGCCCCCCGGGCAGCCCGCCCCCGGCGUGCAGCCGCCGCCGCAGCCCACCGUGCCAGGUCCCGGUGCACCAUAUGGACAUCCUCCUCACGGCGCGCCGCCGCCGAACCAAGGACCGCCACUGCCCGGCGCAAGAACACCUUAUGGAAGGCCACCACAGAGUUACGGCGGUGGCGACGAUGCCGCGGCUGGAGAAUACGCCUCCGCCAUUGAGACACUGGUCACCGCCAUCUCUCUUAUUAAACAGAGCAAGGUAGCCCACGACGAUCGGUGCAAGAUACUGAUAUCGUCACUGCAGGAUACACUGCACGGAGUCGAGACGAAAUCGUACGGCGGCGAGCGGCGGCGGUCGCGGUCUCGGGAGCGCGACGCGCGUACGCACCAUCGCGCGCCGCGCCGCCGCGACCGCUCCGCCAGCAGGUACCGAGACCGCAGUCGAGACCGCGAGGACCGUGACAGGUAUAGGGAACGUUCGAGAGAUCGCGACAGAGACGCGUACUACAGGGAGUACCGCGAGCGCGAACGCGAACGCUCCAGGUCUCGCGACAGGGAGCGCGCUGACCACUACAACAGGGGACACAGCCGCGAGGAAAGGGCACGUAAAUCCCCAGUAGAGCCAACAGCGGAGAGCGGGGCGGGCGACGCGACCGGCGCCAAGAGCCGGUCUGCGGGCGCGCCCUACUAC